AUGCAGAGUUCAUUAGCAGAUAUUGAAGCUAUACUAUCUGGCAAGGAGCUAACACUGCACAGGUUAAGUGCAGACGAAGGCUUCAUUAAAGUACAAUGUUUAGCAGAAGGUGUCUAUCCUUUGCCACUAAUACUUCUUCAUUCUCAAAGGAGAAAUAUAUCUGAGACAGAUAUAAUAUCAAGAAGGCGAGGGCAGCUGUUCGAAGUAUCAGCCACAGUGACGUUACCUGCUCUUGAAGGCCCAGAGGUAUUUUCCUGCAAGCUCCAUAUACCCCAAGCGAAUUACACGACCCGUAGGGAAACAGUUUUCUAUCCAGGAGAGGUACUGACUGAACAGAUCGAUCAAAACAAAAAAGAUUGUACAACCACACAACAAAAGGAAAUUUUGUCUUCAUGUGUUUCUGGUCCUCUUAUAAACAAAUACAAACUGGUAGAGGCCACUAAAAGAUUGGCCACUAAGUACUACCAAAGAAAAGUUACGUCCAAAUCAAAAGGAAUUAAUCUAAACAAACGACAAAGAGCUUCUAUCACAAUGAAAUUAAAAGAACGAGUUGGUGCAUUUCCCGAGAAUGAUUCAAACUAUAUUUGUACUCCAGGCAAAAAAGAUAAAGCUACUAAAGAUGGCACUGUUAAGCAAAGAAGAUAUUUAACAGACACCCUUCUAAAUAUGUAUAUAAAGUUUAGGCAAGAAAACUAUAAUGUAAACGAAGAAAAUAUUUCAUCAAUCGAUACUGCUUUUGAUCAGAAAAACAUAAAACCACUGCCAAAGAUGAUGCAACUUCACCAAGUGACGUGGGAGAAAGCAAAUAAAAACGUAUUAAACUUAAGGGAGCUUUCAUCUUGUCAAUGCAAAGAGAUUUGUUUGCAUAACAGUAUAUUUCCAAAUCAGUGCCAAAUGAAUGACAUGCGGAUGUGUUGGGUUUCUUUAACUAAAGUUGAAAUUUUCCUUUACGUAAUAAUUUUAGAUAAUAAAACUGUUGAGGAGUCUGUUGUAGCAGAUGUCGCGAAAGACAGUCCAAAAAAGGAAGGACAUUGGGUUACCGUGGUGUUUAAUUCCGAAUGGUUCCCAAGGCAGAUAUUAAGAGUUGAAGGCAGUAACCUUGUAAUAUCAUUUAUGCGGAAAUCGUUGCCUCAAAAGAUGGAUGUUUAA